AUGCACCAUGGGGAGUUUCAUGCAACAGAGUUACCUUUCAAAGGCCAGGAAGAGAUGGAAGCAACAGCCGCAGACUGUGAAUUUGCUGCCUUUCAACGAACUGGUGUAUCUCCCUACUUUUCGUAUGGUGACAUGGUGCCAAAAACCAUAGCAGGGAAGAUUUUUGGUUCUAUCUGUUCGCUGAGUGGGGUCUUGGUCAUUGCUCUACCCGUUCCGGUGAUUGUAUCCAACUUCAGUCGUAUCUACCACCAGAAUCAACGAGCAGACAAACGAAGGGCACAGAAGAAAGCUAGACUGGCCAGGAUCCGGGCAGCCAAGAGUGGAAGUGCAAAUGCUUACAUGCAGAGCAAACGGAAUGGUUUACUCAGUAAUCAGCUGCAGUCCUCAGAGGAUGAGCAGGCUUUUGUUAGCAAAUCCGGCUCCAGCUUUGAAACCCAGCACCACCACCUGCUUCACUGCCUGGAAAAAACCACGAAUCACGAGUUUGUGGACGAACAAGUCUUUGAAGAAAGCUGCAUGGAAGUUGCAACUGUUAAUCGUCCUUCAAGUCACAGUCCCUCACUGUCUUCACAACAGGGAGUCACCAGCACCUGCUGUUCACGACGACACAAAAAAACUUUUCGCAUCCCAAAUGCCAACGUAUCAGGAAGCCAUCGAGGUAGUGUACAAGAACUCAGCACGAUUCAGAUCAGAUGUGUGGAGAGAACGCCUCUAUCUAACAGCCGAUCCAGUUUAAAUGCCAAAAUGGAAGAGUGUGUUAAACUAAACUGUGAACAACCUUAUGUGACUACAGCAAUAAUAAGCAUCCCAACACCUCCAGUAACCACACCAGAAGGAGACGAUAGGCCAGAAUCUCCUGAGUACUCAGGAGGAAAUAUUGUCAGAGUUUCUGCUUUGUAAGACAAUUGGAAUAAGGUUUAAGAGAAUUUGAGUCCUGGCUGUGAAAAGAAUCUCAACGUAGAAGAAAGAAGAAACAAAUAUUCUGCAGAUUAAGGCAGCAAAGCAAGAAGGUUGGAAAUGAAACAAAAACAAAGCUUCCAAUCUUAAGGAUGUGAAUAAAACCACCAAAUGGCAUUUCUAGACAGUUUGACCUGUUAUACAGAGUAAUAUUCUGUGGCCCUUUGACUUUGUGAAUGAGCACAAUGAAAUGCCGCCUAUUGAUGCUUCUUAUGAUCAGAACUCUUUUUUAAUAAAAUUAAUAAAAUAAAUCUUUGAACAUAAUGUUCCAGUUGAAUGCAAAACAAAAAAAAUAUGGAAAACAUUUUGAUAAAAUUUUUUCCUGUUAAAACCAUGAACAUUGGCUAUGAUGAAGAUUAUUACAUAUGAAAAAAAAAACCACAACAUAUUUGUAUUGACUGAAGGAAGCCAUCAUAAUGCAUGCUAGAAUUCUUUGAAGCAGUGAUCUCAGUUUCUUUAUGUUGUCUUCAGAAUAGGCAUGAUAAACUAUAAUUGUAGAAAGGGGUAAUUUCUGUGCACUUACAACAAGCUGAGUGUUCAUGUUCCAUGGUGGGCUGUGCAAAUAAACUCCUUUUAGAACUGCAGUAUUUCUCAUGGGGAUACUCAUUAGUAAAUCUAAAGUGUUCAGAUAGUUCAGUAUUAAUUAUCGUUUAACUUUGCACCUAGAUACUGUUACAACUGCAAUAAUUCAUUGUACAACUGUUGUAUCAGGAAUCAGGAUUUUUCUGUUGUUGUACUUUCCAGAUCUUUAUAGAUACGGUAGAGCCACAUUCGUAGAAAAACUUCUGGUGUGGCCAGGUUUUAGGUAACUUUUUAAUCCAAAACUAUUGUGCCAUAAAUGUUUUUCAGUAAUAUUCUUUGGUCCACUGUAUACCUGUGACACAGUGCAUUAUCUGUUCUUGUAUUUCUAUAGCACCUUUCUAUUGGGUUUAUCAUCAUCAACAAGACUAAUGUUUACUGUAGUUCAAGUGACUUUCCUACUUUUGUAUUUCAAAAAAAAAAAAAUUAUCUGGUAAGUAGAUUGUCAUCAAUCCCCUUGUCAAAAAUGAGAAAAAAAAGGAGUUGACCCAUGUAAAUUAUCACUAAUGUCUUUGUUGUUUAUGGAAAAGCCCAGAUACUGGAUCUAUCACUAUGUAUUUUAUGAAAAGAAUUGACUGGGACUAAUAUCACAGGAUCGGUCAUCUCAGAGUCUUACUUGAUGUAUUAUUUAUUUUGCCUCAGAUCUUGAAUGCAUUUUGAGAAUAACUAAUGUGGACUGAAAUGUAGAGAUAAACUAGAGUGCUUUAUUGAGCAAUAUUUGAUGAAAGCAUGCUUUCUACGCCAUUCAGGAAGGCAGCACAAAUUUAUCUCAGAAAAGUUCCUGUGUAUUGCGAGGUACAAUUUUCUCCAAUAAAUCAGGAGGACAGGAGUUUGAUGAUACAAAGUUGAUCUCUGUACAUUUAAGUGAAAAGUUUUGAUAACUUUUCACCCUUAAAAUAUUUCAGCAGACAUGUCUGCACGUGACAGUGUAAAAAAGUUUAAAGUCAAAUGCAAAGUUUUUAUUCAUUCCAAGCCACCACUGUAAGGAAUAAAGCUUAGCUUCUGUACAUGGAAAGAGUUAAUAAUUAUUCCUCUAUUAGAGAUGAGAUUUUUAAAUGCUUAUAUAUUUUGUCAUAAAAAGAGAUUAAUCCAACCAUUUUCAAGUAAAGCCAGAAAUCCUUGCUUCCCAUUUCUAGAAUAGCUUCUAGAACAGUGCUAUGCACAUAUUAGAUCUUAAUAAACAUUUGCUGACUGAAAGUAAGAUAAACUCAACUAUCUCUUGGGAAGAACUGGCUUUAUUCCUAGUACAUCUUUUAAAAAGUUACUAAUAUUCCAGCAGUACAAAUAUUAACAAUUAUAUUAACACCUGCCUCAUGUCACUUUGUGCUUCUAGAGCAAUGUCUAGUGAAACUUAUCUGAUGGCAUUUAUUGAAAACUUUCUAAAAAGUAGACUAAGGAAACCAUAAUCAGAAUUACUAUGUCUUUUGAUUCCCAAUGAGAAGUUCUAUUUUCAUGUUCUUAAUAUUACAUAAAAGAAAAUGCAGUUAGGUUAUUUCAAUUGACAAUUCUGCCUUCUCUUUUGAUUUAUCACUUAUCCAAAAUUAUUAAUUUUAUUAGGCUUUUGGAAAAGAAAAAAACCUUUUUGAUGUUUUAGGUGAUUUAAAAAUAUACUGUGUUGGUGGUGAAUGACUAUUGAUGACUGUUAAGUGCAUCUGUAUUGUAAGUGAAAUGUAAUUAUUUCUGUGUACCAUAUGGAGUAACUAAGGUCAUUGUUUUUGACAAUUUUGUUUGAAAUUCAUAUAUCUUAUUUCAAAGGAUAGCAUAAUAUCUGCAUUAUGCUGGAAAAAAAUAGACCUUUGGAGAAUACUUAAAUAAAACAUGUGCAUGCUUGAACAGGACAGAA